AUGCAAGCAGCGCGAGUCCCCAAAACAACAAAGCAGCGCGAAAUGUGGCUGCGCACGGGUUACGUCACAUUUGCCGUCGCGGCCCUGUUGACCGUGGUUUUUGCACACCCGUCAAAACCAUUAGCGAAGCCCGACCUUAAGUACCGGCACCAGUUGCCGGGAACACAAAGACAAAAGAGCCUCAGCCCGCUCAGAUUCCGCGCAGAUGGCACGUUCCACAUCUCCAUCUUUGAGGACCUCCACUUUGGGGAAAACGCGUGGGAUGCAUGGGGCCCACAACAAGACGUACAAUCCGUCAAGGUCAUCAACACCGUGCUAGAUUCCGAGCCCGACAUCGACCUCGUCGUGCUUAACGGGGACCUCAUCACCGGCGACAACACCUUCCUCGAAAACAGCACCGAUUAUGUCGACCAGAUCGUCCGCCCCUUCGCCGAGCGCGGCCUAACCUGGGCAUCCACCUACGGCAACCACGACAACCACUUCAACAUCUCGGGCGCGCACAUCCUCGCCCGCGAGAAGCGCUGGGCCAACUCACGCACCACGCAGAUGGUCCCCUCCCCAGACGGCGACGACGUGGGCGUAUCCAACUACUACCUACCCGUCUACCCCGCCGACUGCACCCCUGACGACCCCCCUUCAGCACUCUCUCCCUGCCCGCCCAAACUCCUCCUCUGGUUCUUCGACAGCCGCGGCGGCUUCCGCUACCAGCAACGCAACCGCACCACCAACGCCCUCCUCCCCCUCCCCAACUGGGUCGACGCCCGCGUGGUCAACUGGUUCCGCCAAACCACCACCACCCUCACCCACACCCCCCCCACCAAACACACUGACACCCAAUCCCGGCCCUCGCCUUUCGUGCACAUCCCCCCCCUCCCGCCUUCGCGCACCCCUCCAAGCCCGCGGCAUCCACCCCGCACCCGCCCAGCCCGGGGGCUCGACGACGACGGCCCGCUGGCGCGACAAGCACAGGGGGUGGUGCGCGGACGGGACACCCGACGCGGGGUGUGA